AUGAUUACAAUCAAUGAUGCUCGUGGUUUCAUCAUCAUACUUCACAUCAUUUGGCUUUCUGAGCGGUUGUCCUGUACUGCUGCGAUUUCCUCAUGGACUAUUGGAAGUCAAACAAUGUCAACCUAUGAUGACGAUGGAGUCUUUGAGGACGAUGCUCCAACUGAACAGAUUUUUGCUGGCAAGGAUAAGUACCCGCAGGGCUCUGAUAUCAGCUCGCCCAAGCCCUUCAUUGUAUAUGAGACAUUGGUACCAUUUUUCAUAGCUUCCGCUAACCCCUCGUAUGUUUUUUGUUGUGAGUGUCCAUGGCCAUUAUUUCUGGCAGCUGGUGGUGGAUAUCUAAUGGUCGAGAACCCUCGUGGCGAUCUUCAUGUAAUGUAUCUCAGCGAGAAUGUGAACUCCUCCGAUCUCCAGAAGGUUUUCAUAAUAUCAAUGUUGGCAGCUGACGUACAUAGAAAGUGUUGGGUCUGCGGUGGCAGUACUAAGGAUACGGUAGCUUUUCAAUUUGGCGCCAACGCGCGUUGCGACAGUGGUCCACGUCAGCGUGCUUCUUAG